AUGGGCAAAGCAGGGAGGAAAUGCCUCAAGUGCCUGCGGAGAGCAGCUGAUCCCCAUCAACAGCCCGAGAUGUCCUCCUGGCCAAGGAUCUCCUGCAGCCAGGGCACGUACUGGCGGCAGAGAGCAUCCGGACCCUCCAUUGUGACCCCUCCUAAGGACAUCUGGAAUGUGACAGGAGCACAGAUCUACCUGAGCUGUGAAGUCAUGGGAAUCCCAACCCCUGUCCUCAUCUGGAACAAGAUCAUUCGAGGACAGUAUGGUGUCCAGAGGAUGGAGCUUCUGCCUGGGGACCGGGAAAACUUGGCUAUCCAGACCCGAGGGGGCCCUGAGAAACACGAAGUGACUGGCUGGGUGCUCAUAUCUCCUCUGAGCAAAGAGGAUGCUGGAGAAUAUGAGUGUCACGCAUCAAAUGCCAAAGGAGAGGCAACAGCCUCUGCGAAAAUCCAUGUUGUGGAAACUCUGCAUGAAAUAGCUCUGACCAAAGAUGAUGGUGCAGAGCUGUGAUGUGAUGUGAGGACUUUCACUUACGCACAGUUUUAAAUCAGUAUUUUGAAAAGCUGCAACCUCUGGCUUUUUCUAGCUCACUAAUCAUUCCCUCUUAACUCCCUCAUCUUUGAUUACCAAUUUGCUUGCACACUUCUUUCACAGAUACACAAAUAAAGAGAUUCACAACUUUGAUUACAAAUUUUAAUUCUAUUUACAGGAAAUAAACAUACUUUGGACAGCACA